GUUGCGUCCGACGAGCACUUGUUGACGUUGACGUUUACUAUUUACCACUGUUUACGUCGACAGCGUGACUAGUACGAAUCAGGCACCAAUCUAAAAACGACGGUCGUGAUAACAUAAAUAAUUUUUAUCUAAUUUGAUUUUAUUGAAUUCUGUCAUGAAUACCUGUCGGCUUGAGCCCUGUGUCCAGCUUCCUCUAUCAAAGGAGCUGCUGAAAGACAGCGUGGACAAAGCAAAGGAUUGGGCGCUUAUGCAUGGAAUAUCCAUGCGAUCCAAGAAGAACUUCAACAAAGACCACGUACAAAUAUUACCUGUCACAUUGUUACCAUCAAGUUUUCCUAGACAAUCUUUUUUAACUGCAAAAAAUGUACAGACUUUAUUGAAUGAACUUAUUCAUAAGGUUGCUUAUGACAAAGAAUUUCUUACAAGCAGCUUAAAAAGCACAGUUAAAGCCGAUCCAUUUACAGCAAAGCUAUUUCACAUAUAUGAGACAGUACAUGAAAAAGGCUUCAGCCAGAAUAUAAGCUUGGGACUGUUGAGAUCCGAUUACUUAUUGCAUGAUGCUGGUCGUCAAAUAAAGCAAGUUGAAAUAAACACGGUAGCAACUAGCUUUGCUGCUUUAGCUACCAUUACAUCUGAAUAUCAUAAGUACAUAUUAGGAGAAUUGGGAUAUAUGAAAGAAGCAUGCAAACAAAUUCCAGAAAAUAAUGCUCUUGUCGGAUUUUGCAAAGGCUUAAUACUCGCAUGGGAAUUAUACAAUAAUCUAGAGGCUGUCAUAUUAUUUAUUGUUGAAGAUGUGACUUAUAAUAUAAGCGAUCAAAGGCUUCACGAGUUUCAAAUUCGUCAAUUAUAUCCUAAGAUUAAGAUUAUUAGAAAAAGUCUAACGAGCUUAGCAUCGGAAGAAGUAAAAUUGGGACCAAAUAAAGAAUUAAUUGUUUCAAAUAUGGUAGUAGCUGUAGUUUAUUAUCGUUCCGGUUACGAACCUGAAGCUUAUCCUACAGAAAAGGAGUGGGAUGUUAGACUAUUAAUAGAAUGUUCGCGUGCAAUAAAAUGUCCAUCAGUACAGUAUCAUUUAGCAGGUACUAAAAAAGUACAACAAUCUCUAGCUCAGUCUAGUGUAUUAAAAAAGUUUCUAAAAGAUGAUGCAUCUGUUACUAAAGUUCAAGAAAUAUUUACUGGUCUAUACACAUUAGAUUUUAGUGAUGAUGGAGAAAAAACAAUAAAAAUGGGUAUAAAUGAACCAAAUAAAUUUGUUCUCAAACCACAAAGAGAAGGAGGAGGGAAUAAUGUGUAUAAUGAGAAUAUAAGGACGUGGUUAAAUACGAUGAAGGAAUCUCAAGAGAGAACGGCGUGGAUUCUCAUGGAUCGUAUUUAUCCUCCUUUACAGAAAAACUAUUUGGUGCGUGCUACUGAAGAGUCGAAAGACAGCAUUGAUAUAUCGGAUGUUAUAACAGAACUUGGCAUUUAUGGAGUAAUAAUAGGGAAUAACAAUGAGAUAAUGCUAAAUGAACAAGUUGGACAUAUUCUAAGAACUAAAUCAGCAAGCGAAGAUGAAGGCGGGAUAGUGGCAGGAGUUGGUGCUCUUGAUAGUCCUUACUUAAUUAAUUAAUUAUAAUAAAAUGAGACACUUCUAAAAGAAUACAGAGAAUUGCAAUAUAAAUUAAAUAAAUGAUAACAUAGAGUAAUGUACAAAUAUAUACUGUAUCAAUUAUUUUCAUUAUAUAAUUUAUUGUGUAUAACGAUACUUACAUGUGAAUAUUGAUAAUGAAUUAUUGAGAAUCAAGUCUUGACAUCAGUAUCUAUUCAUAUAUAACGUUGGAUUUGUUUUCUGAGUAAUUUUCAAAUGUUGAAAUUUUAUAAAAACAAAAGUUAAGGCAUUUUAAUAAUAAUAAAAUUUUAAAAAUAUAAUUUUCAUUGAGAGAUCAUGCGAUAAUUAUAAGCAAUGAAAUGCAAAACCAUAUAUAUUAAAGAGGGAAAUUUUAAUAUUUACAUUAUAUUAAAAAAUUGUACAAAAAUGAAAUUUUUAUAUGUAUAUAUUUGUUAAAACUAACUUUAUUAAUUUUAUAAAUACGUUAUUGUGUAUGUACAUAAUGUUAAUAAAGAUGUUGAUUAUAUGUACUUUGUUCUUAUA